AUGGAUGUCGAGCCCGGGGAACUGGAGGCUGGAUUAUGGGGUUCACAUGAUACGCUGGAGGAUGAGAUCGAUGAUGCGGAAAAUCAGCUGCGGGAGGCUGAAGCGAAGGAAAGCGAAUGGAAUGAUCGACAGGCUGAUCUUGAGGAGGCUAAUGAGUUGGAUCGUAGGGUUGCGGAGCACUAUCAGCGAUUCUAUCGUGCUGCGAACGAGCGGAAGGACGGCUUUGUGUUUGAUCUAUCGGAUCUGAAUCACGACGAUCAAGAGAACGAUGAUGUCGAUACUACGCUUCCUAAUGACCAGGACCAGGGAGAACGGUAUGAAGCUACUGGUGAUACCGCUUCAUCUAAGGAGGAGAGUGACGAAGAUGAGCCGUAUCGCACUGCAAGCCAGCCACGCACGCCGAACCAACUCAUCGAGGAUCUGGAACGGUUUGUCGCUACCGGAGGCUCCAGACCACUCGACCAGGACUUGGAAGAUGAGCUUACAGCACAUGUCGUUGAACCGGCAGGAUAUAGCGAUCGCAACGACGAUGUAGAAGAGAAGGACUUCGACCUCGUUCUGCCGGCGAUCGCAUAUCCCACUGCCUUCGACGAUCAGCGAACGACUGCAAGUCGCCACCACCAACUACAAAGCCGUCGAUCGUCGGAUCCCGAACUACCUUCUCACACUUCCACAGCAAGCCAAAGCAUAGGUCGACACUACAAUCCUCGUUCCCACCCUCAACGCCACACAUCAUGGUCCGACCUCCUGCGCCCCACCAAAUCACCACCAGCUGGCACAGCGGUAACGACUGCUCACAGCAUUCACGCCAUCGGUCUCGGCCCGUACGGCAUCCUAGGACAAGACACACAAAUACCCUUCGCCAUCGCGACCUCCCGCCCGGAACCCAUCAGAACAGAACAGACCGUCAAAUCCGAAAACGGCACCUUCUCCCUCGCAUGGGAGGAAAACCCAGGCACAGACGAUGCCGAUGCCGCUCUGCCCGAGAUUUUCGACUAUGUCGAAACUCCCAGCUAUCUCAACCCGCGAGACCUUGAAGACAUUGUCCAGCAGAUGUCCAAUCCGCCUUCCCGCAAUACUUCCGGUGUCUUUGGUGCUUUGCCUGCGAAGACGAGGUUGGCGGCGUGGAGUUGGGUUGCUGAGCAGCAGAAGGAAGGAGAGGAAGAAGAGGCGGUUGGAGAACGAGAGGACGAUCCACCAGGGCCGCCGAAUACUUUGCGCAGUGGUCCUUCUUCUGCUGGACAUUCCGUGCCGCAUUCACCCGCCAUUGAGAAAGACUUUGCUGGUCUUGUUAAUGCGGGAGUCGAUGAACAGGACGUCGAAGACAACGACGAGGACGACGGUGAUGAGGACGAAGGGGAUGAUGACGAUCCAGCCGAGACCCACGAACAAGAUCAAGACCCAGAUCCCCUCGCCCUCUCCACCUCAGCCUUCUUCCCCGACCGACAGAGAUCAUACUCCAUGCCCACCACCACCACCACCACCACAAGAACAACACACGACUUCAACCUCCGUCUCCACCUGCCCACCCGCCCAGAUUCCCCCUACCUCCCGCACCCCCUCUCCAACCUCUCAGCCCCGGAACAAGAAAACUUCAGCAGCCAUCGCGAUUCCUUCCUGCUUGCGAAACAAAAAUACCAGAAACGGCCGGCUCGACGCUCUACCGGCCUAGUAGGAGGGUCUGGCUUGAGUCAUGAGAUAGGACGUGGUCGCGGCCGCAGUGUUGCCGAUUCUGCCAACAACCUAACAAGCGCUAGUCCCGGUCCCGGUCCGACGAUCGGUCUCACGCCCGCCUCGACAUGGACAGAAGAAAGCUCGAACGAUUUCUGCUGCGGAAGCACUGGUAGCUUCAGCGCGACGAGCAACCGCUGGGCUGGACCCGUGGGGGCUGCGGGUACCUUGGAGAGGAUCGAGGAUGCGUCGCCGCCUGAUGAAUUUCGCGCACAAGCUAGAGGGUGGAUGAAUGCUGAGGAGGAGGAGGAGAAGGAGGAGGAGGAGGAGGGGGUUCGGGGUUCCCGGGUGGAGAGUACUGGUGAGGCGGAGAGGAGGGAGGUGCGAGAUGCAGCAGACGUUCACGGUGUUGGCUCGGUCUGUGCGAAGUCCGCCAGUGGUUGUUGGAAGAAAGCGAAAUACCUCCGCGCAGAAGACGGCACGAUUACGCUGAGGUUGCUGGAUGAUGUCGCCUCGGAAGGAUAA